AGGGAGGAGGUGGAAAGGGGCGCGUCCGCGCAGCCAUGGACGGGGACGGCGCGUACGAGCCGGGCUUCGUGGGGAUCCGGUUCUGCCAGGAAUGGGCGGGAAUUUCCCCCCCGGAGCCUCCCAGUAAUCCCAGUUUGCCCAGUAACAACAUGCUGUACCCCAAGGAGGACAAGGAGAACCGGAUCCUGCUCUACGCUUGCAGGAACUGUGAUUACCAGCAGGAGGCCGACAACAGCUGCAUCUACGUCAACAAGAUCACGCACGAAGUGGACGAGCUGACCCAGAUCAUCGCGGACGUGUCGCAGGACCCGACCCUGCCCCGCACUGAGGAUCACCCCUGCCAGAAGUGUGGCCACAAGGAGGCCGUGUUCUUCCAGUCCCACAGCGCCCGCGCCGAGGACGCCAUGAGGCUUUACUACGUGUGCACGGCGCCGCACUGCGGCCACCGCUGGACUGAGUGACCCCAAAAGUGACCCGGGACCCCAAAAGUGACCCUGCACCCCAAAGUGACCCCAAAAGUGACCUUGGACCCCCAGAGUGACCCCAAAAGUGAUCCUGGACCCCAAAGUGACCUCAGGAGUGACCCUGCACCCCCAAAGUGACCCGGGACCCCACAAAUGACCAUUCAAGUGACCUUGGACCCCAAAA